AUCACUUUUGACAGCUCUGAAAAUGUAAAACCAGGAACCGGAAGUCUGGAAUAAACGGCGCUGAUCGGUGAUUUACCCGCGUAGUCACAACAGCUGGACGACAAUGGCGGAGUGGCAAAAGAUGAAGACGACACAUAGAUAGGAGAGAUCACCGUAACCCACCGCUCGGAGCUGGAGUGCUGAACUGACCAAUCGAACUUCAGGAACGGGGGAUUCCGCCACUGCUUCACAACCGGAAUGCACGUUCGGCACCUUCUGAUUUAAGCCUGAUACACGUGCAAGUGGCUGGAUAGUAUAUUCUAGGAAAAGGAAAGGCAAUCAAAGGUUUAUGGAAACAAAUCAGGAGCAAAUCAAUAAGGAGACAUAAUAUAAAGAAGAGCACAAUUAGUGGGAUUACUCAUUAAUGGCUACAGUAGCACAAUUUAAGGGAUGGGACAUCUAUAUUGAUACACUUACUUUAUUUAUGCAGAAUAAUCUAUUAUAAAUAAGGUCCUAGACUAGGAGAGGACGAUAUCUGGAGUCAUUACAAUAAUUUAGAAUAGUUGGGCAGAGGUUUAUCUCUGUUGGAGGUUGCCUUCUAGGUAUACCUUGUCGUUGUUAUCUCUUUUUUUUUUCAUUUCCGGAAUAAAGAAUAAAGAUUUGCUAUUCUGAUUUAAGACCAUCCUGCUUCUUUACUCUAUCAAGUUGGUCCGACCUGCCGCUUGACGAUGCCAGCAACUCGCAUGGAUGAACGAGUCGAAGCGUUAGAGAAGAGUCAGGAUGCAUUCCGUACAGAAGUCAAUCAACAAUUCCUCAGUAUCCACGAAUCCCUUUCCUACUUGACUGGGUUACUGAAUCAAUCAUCACUGGCCAAAGGACAGUUUGACUCCAGCACUAACAUUCAGGAUGCUUCCACCCUGGAUUCAUCGAAGGAGAAGUCCACAGACACUACUCCCCAUCCUCGAGCCACGUCUCUAGAUGAUUGUCAAAUCCCUAUUCACCAUAUCAAAUUACCAAUUUUCUCUGGUACAGAUCCCAUGGGAUGGCUAGCACGGGCAGAACAAUUCUUUGCCAUUCACUGUACUCGAGAGGAUUUGAAGGUGGCGACGGCUUUCAUUAGCAUGGAGGGCCCUGCUUUGCAUUGGAUUCAAUGGCUUCAGCAACACAACCCCCUGCUCUCGUGGGUGCAAUUCAAGAGCGAACUGCUCGAAGAAUUUGACGGUGAACUGUCCGGCCCCCUGUUUGAACAGUUGGCAGCACUUCGCCAGGAAGAUACAGUUGCUGAUUUCACCAACGAGUUCCGGGCUCGGUUGGCACAAAUCCCUGGCCUCGCAUCACAUGUUCAAUUAGGAUUAUACCUAAAUGCUCUUAAACCGGAAAUUCGUGUAAAGUUCCGACCAAGUGACGUGGUUGAUCUCCGGACAGCCAUGAAUGUCGCAAAAUCUGUGGAACGGGAGUUGCUAUUUUCAGCAACAGGUCGCCUCAUGGGCGGCUUCAACAACGCUAAGGAAAUUAAAAUAAACUGGUCCUCCGAUGUUGGGCAAAGUGGGAUUGAUGGGAGAACACCGUACGGCCCAACUAAACAGUCUUCCUUGUUUUACCCAAAGCCCCGGCCUGAUAGAUCCACCACUUCUCAGCCUGAAAAGCAUCCAGGGGUGCACACCACUUCAUCACACGGCCCACCACAACAUUUUUCUUCUACUCUCCGACACCAGGGGCAACCUUCUGCGUCAAAACCAGUUCGCCGUUUCAGCAACCGUGAAUAUUUGGACAUGCGGGCCAAGGGACAAUGUUUUCGUUGUAAACAACAAUAUAGUCCUAUGCACGUCUGCCCAAAUAAAUCGCUCCAGAUCCUCAUUGCAGAGGACGAUGAAGAUGAACUUUCCAAAGAGAUGAACCCAACCGACUGCCUAGAGGUUGAUCACCCGCCUGCAGACUCGUCCCAAAUUUUUAUCUGUGAUCUGCCCUUGACAGCACUUGGAGGUAUCGAUGGACCCAAAACCCUAAAGUUUUUGGGUUGGGUCGCAAACCAGGAGGUGGUUAUCAUGGUUGACAGUGGAGCUAGCCACAACUUCAUCUCGGAGAAAUUAAAGGACCACAUCAACCAUCCCUUGAACGCCACACAUCGCUUUGGAGUACGAUUAGGAGAUGGGAGACAAGAACAAUCGUCGGGUAAAUACUCACAGUUGCCGGUCAAUUUGGGACCAGUUACAAUGUCUUUAGAUUGCUAUUUGUUUCCAUUGGGCGGCGUUGACAUCAUCCUCGGGAUGGCUUGGUUGGAGACUCUGGGGGAUGUCACUGCUAAUUUUGCCAAGCAGAUUUUAAAAUUUAAGGUGGACGACCAGUUAGUGCAAUUGGUAGGUGACCCAUCUCUGUCUCGCCUACCCAUGACGUUCAAUUCUCUGGAACGCAUGACUUACAUCGAUACUUGCUACCUCUUUUGGAGUUUGGAUGACGUGUCUCUCUCAACUUAUGAAGGUAGUGAUAUCUCCUUGGCUCAACAAACUCAGUUAACAACAUUCUUACAUACUCAUUGCCAAGUGUUUGGAGAGCCACAUGGUCUUCCCCCUUCACGACUACAUGAUCAUCAGAUCAUUCUGAAGGAUGGAACAACUCCAGUCAGUGUUAAGCCAUACCGGUAUGGGCAUAGUCAAAAAAAUGAAAUUGAACGGUUGGUGGAAGACAUGUUGCUUGCAGGUAUUAUACAACCCAGCUCUAGCCCAUUUUCCAGCCCAGUUCUCUUGGUCAAGAAAAAAGAUGGCAGUUGGAGGUUUUGCGUGGACUACCGUGAAUUAAACAAAGCUACGGUGCCGAAUAAAUAUCCCAUUCCAGUCAUACAAGAGAUGUUGGAUGAGCUCCACGGCGCCCGAUAUUUCUCUAAAAUUGACCUUCGUUCGGGCUAUCAUCAAAUUCGAGUGGCUCCUCAAGAUGUGCCAAAAACAGCGUUCCGUACUCACUCAGGCCACUACGAGUUCCUAGUCAUGCCUUUCGGAUUGAUGAAUGCGCCAGCCACUUUUCAGCAAAUUAUGAAUGACAUUUUUCGUCCACACCUUCGACGCUUUGUCCUCGUUUUUUUUGAUGACAUAUUAAUAUAUAGUGUGACGUGGGAAGACCAUUUGCAACAUCUUACUGUGGUGAUGGACAUUCUGAAGCACAAUCAGUUCAAGGCAAAUGAAAAAAAGUGCAGUUUUGGAAAGACAUCAGUGGAAUAUCUUGGGCAUAUUGUAUCCCAAUUCGGGGUAGCUAUGGACCCUUCAAAAAUCAGCAGUGUGCUUCGUUGGCCCCAACCGCAAUCUUUCAAGGCUGUCAGGGGAUUCUUAGGGCUCACUGGCUACUACCGUCGGUUCAUUCGGGAUUAUGGUAAGCUUGCGCAGCCUCUUACUGCCUUGUUGAAGAAAGAUUCUUUAGCCCGAUUUCAAUGGUCGCAACCUGCCCAAUCAGCUUUUGAGGCACUGAAAGCGGCAGUAACCUCUGCUCCUGUUCUUGCAACCCCAGAUUUCUCUCUACCAUUUCUGAUUGAAUGUGAUGCCUCCGGCACAGGGGUGGGGGCUGUUUUGAUGCAAGGACUACGUCCUAUUGCAUAUUUUAGCAAGGCAUUGUCCGGUCGCACGUUGGCCAAAUCUGCUUAUGAGAAAGAAUUGAUGGCGCUAGUUUUAGCCAUUCAGCAUUGGAGGCCAUAUCUUAUAGGCAGAAAGUUUGUGGUCAGAACCGACCACAGAAGCCUACGACAUCUACUCCAUCAGAGAGUCACCACACCCUCUCAACAAGAUUGGAUUUCUAAGCUCCUGGGAUAUGAUUUUGAAAUUACAUACAAACCAGGGAAAACCAACAAUGCAGCAGAUGCAUUGUCACGUCAGCAUGAGACAAUGCACUUAUCUGCGAUUUCUCUACCAGUUUGGGCGGAUUGGAGUGAGUUAGAAUCAGCUAUCUCUAGAGAUGCUUAUUUGCACUCUAUUUAUGAGCAACUCCAGCGCGACCCCGCCAGCAGCCCACCAUUCCAGUUGAUUAAUGGGCGACUUUUUUAUAAGGGUCGAAUAGUUCUCCCAGCCAAUUCACCUUGGAUUUCGAAGCUUCUAGAAGAAUUUCACUCAACACCUAUGGGAGGUCACUCUGGAGCCUAUCGAACCUACCGUCGUUUGGCCGCGAAUGUGUACUGGAAAGGAAUGAUGAAACGGGUGCAGCAGUUUGUAUCUGAGUGUCUCAUAUGUCAAAAAAAUAAGUAUGAGACCUUGUCACCAGCUGGGCUUCUUCAUCCACUGCCCAUUCCAUCUGCUAUAUGGGAAGACAUUGCUAUGGACUUCAUCACGGGCCUCCCUCGCUCCAAUGGAUUCGAUUGCAUUUGGGUGGUCAUUGACCGCUUCACAAAAUAUGCACAUUUUGUGGGACUACGCCACCCGUUUACUGCCAGAUCUUUGGCAGACGUGUUUGCCAAGGAAAUUGUUCGCUUACAUGGGGUACCACAUUCCAUAGUAAGUGAUCGGGACCCAAUUUUCUUGAGUAACUUUUGGACUGAAUUUUUUGCCAAGUUAGGCACCAAACUGCGGAUGAGUACGUCAUAUCACCCACAAACCGAUGGGCAGUCAGAGGUUGUUAAUAGGUGUCUCGAACAGUAUUUAAGGUGUUUUACUUCCGAGCAGCCAAAGCAAUGGGGUCACUACUUGCAUUGGGCAGAAUACUGGUACAACACUUCCUUCCAGGGAGCCGCGGGGUAUACCCCUUUUCAGACACUGUAUGGGCGAGCAGCACCAACACUAGCUCAAUAUUUACCGGGGGAAUUUAAAGUGGCUGCAGUGGCAGAUGAUCAUGAGGAUCGCAAUGAGAUUCUACGGCAGCUCCGUUACAAUUUGGAGCGGGCUCAACAGCGAAUGGUUAAAGUUGCCAAUGCCAAACGUCGCGACUUGGAAUUUCAGGUGGGUGACAAGGUCCUCCUUAAGCUCCGACCGCACAGGCAGACCACAGUGCAGAAAAGGAUCAAUCAAAAACUGGCCCCAAGAUAUUUUGGUCCUUUUGUCAUCAUCCGUAAAUUAAGUGCAGUUGCUUACAAGCUUGCACUUCCCCCAUCAGCUAAGGUCCAUCCCGUUUUUCAUGUCUCCCAACUAAAACGAGUUACUGGAGAACAUCCCGCUCUAGCAGAACUUCCAGAGGAUUUGGUGGUUGAAGACCCAGUGUUCGUUCCUCAUGAUAUUAUAGCUUCAAGAAAAAUGAAUGGGGUCCAUCAGGUUUUGGUUCACUGGGAAGGCAGACCUACCGAUGAAGCCACCUGGAUGGAUGCUGCAGAUUUUCGCGGUCAGUUUCCCCACACCAGCCUUGUGGACAAGACUGUUUCCUUGGACGGCGGCAAUGAUACACGUGCAAGUGGCUGGAUAGUAUAUUCUAGGAAAAGGAAAGGCAAUCAAAGGUUUAUGGAAACAAAUCAGGAGCAAAUCAAUAAGGAGACAUAAUAUAAAGAAGAGCACAAUUAGUGGGAUUACUCAUUAAUGGCUACAGUAGCACAAUUUAAGGGAUGGGACAUCUAUAUUGAUACACUUACUUUAUUUAUGCAGAAUAAUCUAUUAUAAAUAAGGUCCUAGACUAGGAGAGGACGAUAUCUGGAGUCAUUACAAUAAUUUAGAAUAGUUGGGCAGAGGUUUAUCUCUGUUGGAGGUUGCCUUCUAGGUAUACCUUGUCGUUGUUAUCUCUUUUUUUUUUCAUUUCCGGAAUAAAGAAUAAAGAUUUGCUAUUCUGAUUUAAGACCAUCCUGCUUCUUUACUCUAUCAAAGCCGCACCCCGGAAAGGGUUAAAGCCGCUGACUUGGAAGCUGGUUCCUUGGCAAUUUGUUGGAUUUGCUUCGAAUCUGUAGUAAACGGCGAGAAUGUCAUAUCUCCAUGUUUAUGCAAGGGUUCGCAACAGUUUGUGCACCGUCAAUGUCUAAACUCUUGGCGGUCCAUAAGAGAGGGAUUUGCAUUUUCAAAUUGUACUACCUGCCGGGCUCCAUAUCAUCUGCGAUAUGUAGAGUUAGAGGACAAGCCUUGGUGGAAUCUGAAGCACCGAAUACUUGUGGCCAGGGAUGCCUUCAUUAUGUUUUUGUGUGUACAGAUUCUGAUUGGGGUUUUUGGUGCCCUUGUAAGUUUCAUGGAUAGAGAUGGAAGUUUUCAGGAUGCAUUUAAUGACUCUUGGAAGCAAAUGAUUUCUAGACAUCCAGUUUGCUUCUAUUACAGCACAGGAACAAUUGUGGUUUUUCUUCUUGCUGGGAUUAUUGGUUUUGCAUAUUAUUUAUGGGCAAUCGACACUGAGAAGAGGGAAGAGUUCCGGAUUGCAUGUUUGGGUUGGAUUAUUUUGGAAUGUGUUUUGACAUCAUCAAAAACAUUCAUUCCUCUGGCUCUUGCUUUAAUAUCCGCCUUUACUAUUUUUGGUGUUGCAUAUGGUUUCUUUUUGGGCACAUUGGCCUUCCAUAAAAGCUGGCAGAAACACCGUGAUGUUCUCUCAAAGCGAUGCCUUACAGAGGAGUACGUAGUGGAGGAUCUUCAUGGCUAUUACUUUGCACCGCCAAAAUUGGAUCCUGAACAUGAAGAACGCUUGAGAGCACUUAAACUUAUGUAGGCAUGCAAAGUUAAGUGAUUUUCUCUUUGAAAAUGUGAUUGAUUUGUCUGCAGCAGCCGAUUAGUUGUUUAAGUUUACCUAUUUUGACAUGGUUACUUGGUUAGUUCAUAGAGAGGGGGGGGGGGGGGGGUUGACAACCUGUUUAUGUCAUAUCCUGGUUCUUGCCAGUGAGCCUUUCCCUUUCAUAGAGUUAUAGAUGGUGAUGAUGAAUAUUACUUUGUAAAUAACAACCUGUUUGACAACCUGUUUAUGUCAUAUCCUGGUUCUUGCCAGUGAACCUUUCCCUUUCAUAGAGUUAUAGAUGGUGAUGAUGAAUAUUACUUUGUAAAUAACAAUGCACCCAUUUGUAAUGUUUUGUUUUGUAUUGAACAAAUAGAAAGUCAUUUAUCAUGGCAGCGUCUUAAUA